AAAUUUUGCUACCUGAGCUCGUAAUGAAGCGCCAAAAUGACGAUUCCGACGCACUGUCUGAUGACGACUCCGGAGAAAAUCUUAUGGAACAUAUGGAAGGGGAUUACGUUGCGAUCCCUGAGUUAGACCGAUACGACCAUGGCGUUCUUGACGGCGAUAGCUAUGACAACAUCGACCCCAGGGCCCGACGAGCUGCUGAGAUGGAAAUUGACGCUCGGCAUGAAGGCCGUCAAGGACACCUCAUCAAUCAACUUGAUGAUUUCGGGAAGGAGGACGAGGCCGGGCGUAUGCUGCGGCGACGCGACUUGUCGGACGUCCAACAUGAGGCGACGGGGCACUCGAUUGGGGACAUCAACCUUGAGACUAUGGAUAUGCCCCUUCGCGAGUGGAUAGCCCAGGACAGGACUCGCCGUGAGAUCAAGCGGAGGUUCCGAAAUUACCUAGAGUCAGAUGAAAGUCAUAUGACAAGUAUUCGUUCGAUGUGUGCAAAUAAUCUCGCUAGCUUCGAAGUUUCUUAUCAAAGCCUCAGUUCUGAUGUUCCUAUACUUGCUAUCUGGGUUGCUGAUGCACCUCGCGACAUCAUUGAGAUCUUCGAUGAAGUUGCGAAUGAACUAGUCCUUUCUUCGGAACAUUUUCCCGACUACGGUGAGAUAAAAGAUGAAGUGCAUGUGAGAAUUCGUGAUUUACCCAUCGUCGAUACACUCCGUGACCUGAGGCAGACUCACCUAAACCACAGCACACUUUCUCAGGUGGUAACACGCAGGUCGACUGUCUUCCCACAGCUCAAAAUGGUCUAUUUCACUUGCUUGAGCUGUGGCGUGAGCCUCGGGCCAUUUAAGCAAAACAAUUCCACUGAAGUGAGCCCAGGUUCCUGCCCAUGCUGUCAUCAACGUGGGCCAUUCAAGGUUGACGAAGAGCAAACACUAUAUGGAAAUUACCAGAAACUAGCAAUCCAAGAAGCCCCAGGUGCGGUACCACCGGGGCGUGUCCCACGUCACAAAGGUGUUGUGCUGCUUGCUGAUCUAAUUGAUGUUGCUAGACCCGGCGAAGAAGUUGAAGUGACUGGGGUCUAUGUUCACUCGUAUGAAACAGGCAUCUCGGGUCGCGCAGGAUUUCCAAUUUUCUCAACCACAAUUGAGGCAAAUCAUGUAGCAAAGCGAACGUCCGCAGCAACGCGACCAUCCUCCAGGAUGAAUGAGGAAGAAAAGCGUCACGUUCUACGCUUCGCACGCGAUCCUAAUUCUGAUGAGCGAAUUGCUGCCUCACUUGCUCCUUCCAUCUAUGGCCAAAAGCAUGUCAAACGUGCCUUGGCGAUGGCUAUGUUUGGCGGGUGCUCGAAAGAUGUCGAUGGUAAACAUAGAAUCCGUGGCGACGUUAAUGUGAUGCUGCUCGGUGAUCCAGGUUGCGCUAAGUCACAACUGCUCAAAUACUGUUGUGCUGUUAUGCCGCGCGCAAUCUACACCACCGGCAAGGGUGCAUCUGCCGUUGGACUCACGGCUGGUGUGCACAAAGAUCCGCUCACAAAGGAGUGGACAUUAGAGGGUGGGGCACUUGUGCUGGCAGACAAUGGCAUGCAUGGAACAGUGUGCUGCAUCGACGAAUUUGAUAAGAUGAAUGAACAGGAUCGCACAUCGAUCCAUGAAGCCAUGGAACAGCAGUCAAUUUCAGUUUCCAAGGCCGGCAUUGUGACGUCACUCCAAGCUCGUUGCGCCGUUGUUGCAGCUGCAAAUCCAAUCGGAGGACAAUAUGAUUCGGGCGCAACAUUUGCAGACAAUGUCGAGCUCACCGAUCCAAUCCUUCAGCGGUUCGACAUCCUGUGCGUGCUUCAAGAUGUGGUCGAUCCGCAACCGGCCGUGCUCCUCGAUGAGCAGUUGGCAGCUUAUGUCAUUGGAUCUCAUCGUCGGGCACAAUCUCUCUCAGGCACAGUACUUACCAACGAAACGAUACCGCAAGACUUUCUUCGCAAGUAUCUUUCACACGCCCGCGAUACAUGCCAGCCUCGCUUGCAUUCCAUUGAUCAAGACAAAAUCUCGCGCCUCUACGCAGACCUUCGCCGUGAGUCAGCCAUUUGUGGCGGGGUUCCCAUCGCCGUCCGACAUCUCGAAUCUCUGAUGCGCAUGGCGGAGGCUCAUGCCAAAAUGUCCCUCCGUGAGCACGUGCGUGAUGAUGACGUUGAUGCAGCGAUCUCCAUCCUUCUCACUUCGUUCAUCAGUGCUCAGAAGUUUUCAGUACGAAAAUCUCUUGAGCGUGGCUUUCGAAAAUAUUUAACACGCGCUGGCGACUUUUUUCAUCUACUUCUACAUGCACUUCGAUCACUCCUCCGCGAAGCUCAGACCUACGCUACACUCAAAGCUCAACAACGUGAUAGCCACCCAAAUGAUUCGGUGCUGAAGGUCUUACUUGGUGACUUUGAAGCCAAGGCCCGUGAAAUUAACUAUAUUGGCGAUCUCAACGAGCGCUAUCCGGAGCUAAAACACAAAUAUUACACCAUAUUAUCUUCCGAUCAUGGCAUUCAAUCAACUGUCGCACAGGUUCUAUGGAUCCGACAUGUUUGUGAAUCAGGGCUUUUCCUUUGAUAUGGAAAGAACAAACAUAUUGUGGUCUCCGUCCGGGUAGCAGAAGAGCCCUCGGGGCCCUUAGGACACGUAAGCUCGAUGCGCGUUU